UUAGUUCACUAGAUCGACCUGUGUUAUCUUCAAACACUCCCCCCUCUCCCUCUCUCAUGCAACAUUUCAAUAAUGGCGGCCACAACCUCACGAUCCCUAAUCCCGUCUCUGUAUUCCGAUUCCAAAAUCCAUAAUCCAAAGCCUCUCACUGCCGCACAACUCUCCCAAGGACGCCUUAAAAUCCCCCUUCACGCCUGCUACAGCAAUACCAAUAGCAAAAAUAAUAAAAAGAUCCAAGCAAUUGACCUGCAGAAGCUCAUUCAAGACUCCCCCUACGAAUUUGACUCCAAAGAUUCUCCCGCUUCACUUCCGAGGCCUUUAACGUCGGCCCAAUUGUCUAAUUUGACCUCGGAAGGGUCUAGCCUCCGUGUUGCUUAUCAGGGGGUUCGAGGUGCAUAUAGUGAGUCUGCAGCAGAAAAGGCAUACCCAAAUUGUGAACCAGUUCCAUGUGAACAGUUCGAUACAGCGUUCGAGGCUGUUGAAAAGUGGCUCGUUGAUAGAGCAGUUUUACCAAUAGAAAAUUCUUUGGGCGGUAGCAUCCACCGGAACUAUGACCUACUACUUCGACACAGGUUGCAUAUAGUCGGAGAAGUUAAACUUGCAAUAAGACAUUGCUUACUGGCUAACCAUGGAGUCCUAGUUGAAGACCUAAAAAGGGUUCUUAGCCAUCCUCAGGCUCUUGCACAGUGUGAGAGCACAUUAACUGGAUUGGGACUGGUGAGAGAAGCUGUGGAUGAUACUGCUGGUGCAGCCAAGCAUGUUGCUUUCCAUAAACUCAAGGAUGCUGGAGCAGUUGCUAGCAAGGCUGCUGCUAGAAUUUAUGGGUUGAAUAUACUUGCUGAAGACAUACAGGAUGAUUCUGAUAAUGUCACCCGCUUCCUUAUGCUGGCUAGGGAACCUAUUAUACCAGGCACUGAUAAACCUUUCAAGACAAGUAUAGUCUUCUCACUUGAGGAAGGUCCAGGGAUGCUUUUCAAAGCACUUGCUGUUUUCGCCAUGAGGAAUAUUAACCUGACAAAGAUUGAAAGCCGUCCGCUGCAGAAGCAGACUUUGCCAACACUUGAUGACAGUACCAAUGGAUUUCCCAAGUAUUUCCCAUAUCUUUUCUAUGUUGAUUUUGAAGCAUCCAUGGCUGACGAAAGAGCCCAAAAUGCUCUUGGUCAUCUGAAGGAAUUUGCAACAUUCUUGAGGGUGCUGGGGAGUUAUCCCACUGACACUGGCCUGCCAUGAGUGACCUUGAGUCCUGAAUGCUGGUCAGGGGCUUCCGUUUAGAGAACACAAUUUCAGUAGAAGAAAAUUCUUCAAAGAAUUCAUCGGUCUGAGAUAGACUAACAGAGGACUGCGAAAGGGUGUUACGCGACAGAGCAAAUAAGUGACCUUGCCAACACUUCACUAUCAAAUGCAAAAGAUACAGCUAUUCUUUUAUUGUAAUUACUCAAUUUUAUUUCAUUUUAUUCAUUUUCUGUUUCGUCGAAUUCACCCUUUUUAUUGAAUCAAUUUUGUGGUCGUGCUCGACUCCUUUACCAAGUGAGAACUACAUGUCUCCUUGCAAGUGGGUCAUUUUCUUUAUUGUUGAAAAUACACACUAACAACAUAAUUGGUA